AUGCAUCAUCACCAUUAUUACCCUUCAAAUCAAUCAACACCAACAUCUUCGUCUCAAUAUAGCCCUGGGAAUGAAGUUAUACCACUACCUGCUCCAUGGUCUAAAUUUGCAUCGCCAAAAGCACCAACACCAUAUUUAAUCAGUUCUUAUUUACAAUUAUUGUUCAAUGUGUUAACAUCAAGUAUCGCUAUUUAUAUAUUGAUAAAUGCCAUUAAAACUGUCAAAUCAGAUAUAAACUUGAAAAUGGAAGAAUAUGCAGCGGAUAUUGCAAUGGAAGUUUCACGUUGUGCUAGAUCAUAUGUUGAAAAUAGAUGUGCGCCAGAAACAAGAGCACCAGCACUAGAAGUUACAUGUUCAGAAUUGGAAAGAUGUAUGAAUAGAGAUCCAACAACACAUGCAGGGAAAGCUAGUGUUAGUGCAGAAACUUUGGGUAUGAUUUUGAAUUCGUUAAUUGAACCAAUAGGUGUUAAAGCUAUAGUUGUUUUCGGUGUUGGGCUAAUAUCAUGGGCAUUCACUUCAAAUUUUAUCUUUGGUUUUGUUAGAGCCAAAUCGUAUUAUGGAUGGGAUUCCAAUAGACAGGAUCCACAACAGCAACAACAAUAUCAACAAAUUGGGUGGAAUCAACAAUCUCAACAACAGUUUAAUCCUUCAACACCUGCAUUAUUACCUCCUGGACCACCCCAGCCAUAUAUGACCCCAGGAGCACCACAAGACUGGCAGUACAACUACAGUCCUUCAAAAUAG